AUGAAGAAAGAAGAAGAGGAAGAAGAAGAAAAAAGAAAGUUAGAAAGAAAUUUGGUAGUUUCUCAGUGUUGCUGUUUGGUGCAAUCACCAAGUAACGUAAAACAAAAGAUCUAAGGGCCUGUUUACAUGGAGGUGGGUGACCCCAGGUAGGUGAGGUAACCCACUUAGGUGGGGUAACCCGUUUGUCCAUAUAAUCUCUCAUUUUAAUUUGAUCACGUUUACAUGAUAGGUGGGGUGACCCGCCAUAUUUUACCUUACCUACCUGGGGCCACCCACCUCCAUGUAAACAGGCCCUAAGAGUCAUUCAACUACACUCACACCUCAACACAAAAACGAACCAACGAUUGUUUCUGCAACACCCGAAAAAGAGCCCCACCCAGAAAUUUAAAUGACAGCUUGCCGGUAUUAAUCAUUGUAGCUCUCAGCUUGCCGUCUAUUUUAAAAUGGUGUCAAAUUAUGCCUGAGACAAGCCCAAAUUAGUCCCUUCGAGUCGAUUUAGUUCCAAUUUCCUGACUAAUAUUAUCUCAUGGAAGGGCAGUUCCGGAAAAAUGCUAAGUAUAUAAUAAAUCUGUUACAAAAAUGUUUUUUGAAACAGUGCAUUGUUAUCUAUUUAGAAUGCUAUUACGAAGGAAAGUCUCACCAUCAUGGAGAGUUGUGGUCACCAGGCCCCUGUGUCCCGGAAUGCCGGUGCAAACAUGGUUACGUGAAGUGCACUAAGAUAGAAUGCCCGGAUUUAAACUGUGAUGCACCCAUUAAAAAGAAGUGGAAAUGUUGUCCAGAAUGUUUGCCAGAAAUGCAAGAUGGUUUGUGUGUUGUUUUUUUCUCAUUCUGUUAGAACUCCAUGACACCAAGACAUGACCAUUUAUGUAACAGUAUCAAUAAUUGCUUAUAAUAUAUUAAGGUAACUAUCAAUCAACAUGGCCGGAGUAAUAAUAAUAGACAUUGCCUUUCCGGUGGAUGCAAUAAAAUACGUAAGAGUCUUCGAGGUUAAUCAAUGCAAAGAUUACUGCCGGAAUUUCCGAAACAAAUGUUGCCAACAUUUUACGCCAAAUUUCUCGCCAGGAUUUCCGUCAACAUGCGUGCCCAUUUUCACGUCAAUUUUCUUACCAGGAAUUUCCCAAGAGAUUCCUUCCGGGAUCUCCUACUAAGAUUCUUGUCAAGUUAUCCGCCAGGUUUAUGCCCCGCGUUUUUUUGCCAGGAAAUCCGCCAAGUUUCCAGCCAGGAUCAAGUUCAUUCUCAUUAUAUUUUAUAGGAACGUCGUGUGGAGUGUGGACAGCUGGUGGUAACGGCAAUGGCGGAUGCUGCGUUUUCCCGUUCAACUAUCACGGCAUAAAGUACUUUACCUGCACAUAUCAAGAUCAUAGCAAUCCAUGGUGCGCUAUCUCAUCCGACUUUGAUCACGACGGAGUCUGGGGAGAGUGUAUAGGUAAUAAAGCAAUUUUCGGUUCCUGGGAAGAAGCUCAGUCACCCACAAAUUCUCUUAGAUUUUCUCUUUACCGGCUUUGGGGGGAGUUCAUGAAUAAAGCAAGGAUAUAAUUAACAAUUAUUCCUCAAGCCCGAAGAGGCUACGAGGGCGAGAGGAACUUGUUUUAGUAAAAUCCAACUAGUUGUCCAAAAAAAUAUGGAGACAAAACAACUUUAGCUAGUUAAAGCUAGACUUGAAUCCUUUUUUGCCGCCAAAAAGCUAGCAGUUUUCGCUACUAGUGGGCUAUAACAUAUAGCCCAGUAGUAGCUCAACCAAUCAGAACGCAGCACUGAUAAUAGACCACUAGUUGGAUUUUACUAAUUGUGAACAGUCUCAGGUGAAAUGAACCCUUUUAUCUAUCAUUAUCAAUGCUAAAUUCUUUUAUUUCUAGAGAACGUUAAAGCGAGAUUAUUUGUUUAUACUGUAACUGUUAUGGCCUAGGUAACCACAGUUGAAACUAGGCCUCCUACCUUUCCCUUUACCACGUGACUAUCUCAAUUUUGGAAUCUAAGUGAAAUUUGAAAUACCAGUAAGUCAUCUUAAGACUCGGACAGGUGAAGUGAAUGAGGGCAGGAACUCCUGAUGAGGCAGAUUUACUUUACGUCCUAGCUUAAGAUUUAAGUUUUCUUUUCUAGAUAAAGGUGAUGCACGAUAUGCUUUGAGAUUCAACCGUCACCAUGGUAAAAAGGCAAAUCAUGGUCUUCAGGAUAAGGAAACAGACAUGUUAUCCGCCAUUGCUAAACAAGCUGCUAAUAAUGUGACCUCAGAGACCGGAAAAUCAGACACAUUAUCCGCCCUUGCUCAAGAAGCAGCUAACAAUGUGACCUCAGAGGGUGAAAGCUCAUCAUCACCGUAUCUUGUCCCAUCGCCAUCAAAUGGGGCAAGCGUCGCCGUUCCUGCAUCAAAUGCCGCAAACGUCGCUGCUGUUCCUACUACAGGGAUUCCAGCUGUCACGUGGACACAACCUGCAGCCACAUCUGGGGUUGCCACAGCGGCGCAAUCUUACAUACCAUCUCCUUCUCCGAGUGUUGGUUAUCCUGUGGUACCUCAGGUGACAGCCCCUGGUACACCUGCGGCUCAGACGAUGGUAGGGACACCAUUGUAUCAAUCGGCUUCUCAGGGGAUAGUUUUGCCUGGACAGGUGAGAACGAUGAUCAGUACCUUAACUUCAAAGAACUUGCAUUUAUUCAUCUAGAAGUGAGAUUCCCAUGUUGCUCUGAACAUUUUUGUAUACGUUGUGAAUAUUUCAAUAGUCUAAUGUAUGGAAUAUUCAUUGUGUUUCUCCCCCACGAAACAAGUCGCCCUUGAAUACUAUUAAGCUUAUCCAGCAAGUUAAAAGGCCCUCUGCUCAAAUAAUUAGAAACAACUAAAUAAAAAGUAACAUAACAAGAUUGAUUACAUCUACUGAAAUGAGGCAAUUUCGGGUACAUAUUUUACACAAGAAUUUAAAACUACAAGAAAGUUCUUGUCUUAUACUCUUUAAAAGUUCUAUUCCAGGAUAGUUCGCUUAUAUUUUACAAUUAAUUGAGCGACCUUAGAAUAACCGCGUUGAAGUUUGAAGCUGAAAAGAAAGCGACUUAACUUUAUAAACGACGUGAAUUUCUCUCCUUUGUCACCAUCAUUGUUGCUAAAGGUCCUUAUUGAAAAAUCGGAUCAAUUUAUUAGGUUUCUGGGAAACUACCCACCUACCCCUCCCUUAAGCUAACACUAACACUUACUUCUCACUUAGAGUAAAAUGAUGGUUUAGGGGAGGGGUAGGUGGGAACGAGAAAUCCUUCCCACAAACCUUUGACCUUCCCUUAGCCAUUCCCAAACAAAACUCCUCUGUGGGUAAAAUCAAUAAUGCUUAAUGAACAUUUCCAAAACAACAUUAGUCCGUAGCACCGACACAGUCAGCAGCUGUAGGAAGUCAAUCUACUGGUAUGACGUACACAUCCGGUGCGACUCCAGCCAUAGGACUACAGCCAUCCCAAGCAACACAGGCAGCCCAAUUACCUACAGAAAGCGGGACCCCAGCCUUGGUAACUCAGCCACAACCACAGCCAUCCCAGGCAGUACAAGUUGGUCAGUCGCCCAUGGAAGCCGCAAGUCCAGUGAUAGGUCAGCCACAACCACAGCCAUCCCAGGUUGCGCAACCUACUCAGUUACCGACAGAAGGCGGAACCCCACCCCUGGUAGUUCAGCCAGUACCACAGCCUUCUCAGGUGGCACCGCCAGCCCAAUCAACCACAGAAAGCCCAUACCCCUGGUAUCCAUUUCCUGCUACUCAGACCACCAUUGAUCCCAGCCAGACCCAGGCCAUAAAUCAGGCCGUGCAUGAAGUCACCACAACAGAACUUCAAGAGAAUCACAAUAUUACAACCACAGAGUCUUGGUUUGGCCCAGCAAAUGAGACUCUUAACAGGACGAAUGGUAAACUUUCAUUAAUAAUUUGCUUUUUGUGACAGCUGAAUGAUGCUUAUUUUUAUAUCACUGUUAGUUAUUUAACAAAUAUUGUCUUGAAUCUGUUUGGUUAUAUAUCAAAAGACAUUUUUACAAGACGCGUCUUGUUACUGACAUAAGGCGUGUCGUCAUGAGUCAAAAACUGUAUCAUUUGAGUGAAGACAUUUUUUUAUGCAUUUUUCAAGAAAUUGACAUCUCAUUUUUUCUCUCAUAAAUGGCCCUAAUGAAGCGAUUGCUUGUUAAGGUUAGUAGGUCGGGUAAAACGUUUGUAGUGCAAUGGUAUACAGAGACUGUGUAAUAACAAUUUGUCUUAAAGUAUAAUUAAUUAAGAAACCAUUCAGGUCUGCAGGGUGUUGAUGUGGCAGUUUUGAUGUUCGAUGUCUUUUUUCCCCAGAAGCGGCUGCUGCCCAAGGAAACGACAAUACAAGGGCGUCCACUUCGAACUACUCCUAUUACAAUCAACCGAGUAACCAAGCCUUGUAUGGUUACCAAGCAGCCUCAACCACGAAUGAAUACCAAAGUCAGAGCCAGUCCCCAUACACGGCCGAUCAGCAGAGCUACUCACAAGGCACGGCGGGAUAUAAUAUGUUAAAUAAUAACGCCGCUGACCAACGGUAUGGGGAUUCAAACGCGCAGAACACAGCUAAUGGGUAUUAUAACAACGCUGCUGACCAACGGUAUGGGGAUUCAAACGCGCAGAACACAGCUAAUGGAUAUUAUAACAACGCGGCUGACCAACAGUAUCAAGACUCGCAGGCGCAGAACUCAGCUGGACAAGACAGCUACUACUCGAGCCAACAACAGUAUCAAAAUAACGCGUAUCCUGGG